AUGGCGACUUGUAAUUUCAUCACACUUUCAAUCACCACAAAUGCGUCUAAGCUACGAUCUGAAAAGCGAUAUCCAAUCGACAUAACUCUAGGUCAACUCAAAGAAAAGUUAGUUUUAGUUACUGGCUGUGAUAACCGUACAAUGAAAAUCGAGUUAUUUGAUAAACAAGAAAAGUCCUUAGGUUACUUACUUGGUGAUGGAAAAUCACUUUAUGAUCUUGGUGUUGAAAAUGAAAUGCACAUCCAUGUAACAGAUUCAACUAUUGCAGAUGGAGUAUAUGACCAGCCAGAAGAGCCUGUUGAGACGUAUCAGUUGACAGAUGAAGAGUAUGCAAAACGCGAAGAAUCAGUAUUGGCUUGGAAGAGACGUAACAAACUUGGACAGUUUCGAGAAGUUGAUCCUGAGGAAGCUAAGCGUGCAGAAGAACUGCGUCAAGAGGCAGAAUUAAAGGAAAAAGAAAAGGCGGAGUCCUUGUCUAUUGGUUCGCGGUGUGAAGUUCGUAUUCCAAGUCAAAUAACAAAACGGGGUGUUAUAGAAUUUGUCGGACAAACUAAAUUUAAGCCUGGUUAUUGGGUUGGAAUUCGUUACGAUGAACCUUUGGGACGAAAUGAUGGAAGUAUUGAAGGAGUACGAUAUUUUCAAUGUCCAGAUAAGUAUGGUGCAUUUGUUAAGCCACAAUAUGUUGAAGCUGGUGACUUUCCUGAACUUGGAAUUGAUGAUCUGGAUGAGAUUUGA